GGGGGCGCGCGGGGCUCGCCUUCGCGGCCUGGCGGCGCGCGGGGCGGAAGCGCGGCGGGCGCAGGGGUGGCGUGGCGGCGGCAGCGGGGCGGGCGAGCCCAUGGCGCGGUGUCCCCCGCGCCGCCGCCCCCCAGCGACUGCGGAGAAUGAGCGCCUCGGGCCGCUGCGCGUCGCGGGAGCGGGAGCCCCGAUGAUCUCGGGCUGAGCCCGCGCCGCGACCAUGUCGGUGGCCUUCGCGUCCGCCCGGCCGCGCGGCAAAGGGGAGGUCACACAGCAGACCAUCCAGAAGAUGCUGGACGAGAACCACCACCUGAUACAGUGCAUCCUGGACCACCAGAGCAAGGGCAAGACAGCAGAGUGCGCCCAGUACCAGCAGAUUCUGCACCGGAACCUCGUCUACCUGGCCACCAUCGCGGACUCCAACCAGAACAUGCAGUCCCUGCUCCCUGCACCGCCAACUCAGAGCAUGAACCUGGGCCCCGGAGCGCUGUCCCAGAGUGGCUCCAGCCAAGGCCUGCACUCCCAGGGCAGCCUCAGCGAUGCCAUCGGCUCAGGCCUGCCCCCGCCCUCUCUCAUGCAGGGCCAGAUCAGCAACGGUCCAAACCACGUGUCCAUGCAGCAGACUGCUCAGAGCACGCUGCCCACCACUUCCAUGAGCAUGUCGGGCAGCGGCCACGGCUCGGGGCCUGGCUACAGCCACUCGGGACCUACCUCGCAGAGCGUGCCCUUGCAGGGGCAAGGUGCCAUCGGCAACUACGUGUCUCGGGCCAAUAUCAACAUGCAGUCCAACCCAGUGUCCCUGAUGCACCAGCAGGCAGCCUCGUCCCACUACACCUCGGCGCAGGGCGGGAGCCAGCACUACCAGGGCCAGUCGUCCAUCGCCAUGAUGGGCCAGAGUGGGCAGGGGAGCAGCAUGAUGGGGCAGCGGCCCAUGGCGCCCUACCGGCCCUCCCAGCAAGGUCCGUCCCAGCAGUACCUGGGCCAGGAGGAGUACUACGGUGGUGACCAGUACGGCCACAGCCAGGCGGCCUCGGAGCCCAUGGGCCAGCAGUACUACCCCGACGGACAUGGUGAUUACACAUACCAGCAGCCAUCGUACACAGAGCAGGGCUAUGACCGGUCAUUUGAGGAGUCCACGCAACACUACUAUGAGGGAGGGAACUCGCAGUACAGCCAGCAGCAGGCGGGGUACCAGCCAGGCACAGCCCCGCCGCAGACCUACCCCCAGCAGCAGUACCCCAGCCAGCAGAGCUACGCCGGGCAGCAGCCAGGCUAUGGUCUGCCUGAAACUGCGGCCCUGACCCCUUGCCUGUGGGUUGUGUCUGCCAAGAGCCCAAGACCACAUGAACCAAACCUCUUCCAAGGUCCAAACCCACUCCCAGGAUGGCACCUGGGCCCUGCUGUCCAGAACCGGGCACCACGCCUGCGCUUUCAUGGCGCUGCUGUCAGGAGGCAGCUUGCUAGUGUUCCCACCAUGUGAUGGCCUUGCAAAUUGUUCCCACUUAAAAUCACAGAAAGGGCCGUCCUGCUGAUGCGACCUGCAUGGGUAAGUGAUCAGCUCAUUAAGGGACUGGGUUCAGUGAGUCUUCAUGUAGCAUCCAGCCAUCCACACCUGAAGCAUCUUGGUUUGACUUAGACAUAGUCCUGCGUUCCCUCAGCGCCCAGAGCGGGCCCUGAUCUUCCAAAGACCACACGCCCCAGGACCCCUGAUGGUGGCUUUGACCUCUGUGGACACACAUCCAGGCUGGUGGUCCUCCCCCUUUGCUACACCCUAGAAUCACCUGGGAAACUGAAAAAAACAAGGUGCCCAGGUGGAUGGUGUCAUUGAACUCACAGGUGGUUCUGAUGCUUGGUAAGGAGGGAUAGCCAUUUUGCAGCCAGGACUAAUUAAAUAGCAUUUCUUGAAAAAUUACUCAGCCCUGAUCAGUUCUUUCCAAAACCUUCAACCUGGUUUCCACGGGAACGAUCACUGUCUCUUGCAUGUGCGUCUUCACCAACUGCUGUGACAUUUAACUCACGUGCUUACAGCCACCACCUUACCUGACAGAAGCUGCUUCCAGGAAGCAGGUGGGCCCGAGAGCUCGGUUCGGGUUGAGCACCCUGGCUGUGGGGGACUUGUGCCAUGAGAGAACGGGUACCACCAGCGGCCUGGAGCAUGUGGGGUGGUCUCAUGGGUGC